AUGGAACAAAUCUAUGUUUUAAAAUGUGAACAUGGUAAAUAUUAUGUUGGACAAACGUCUGAUAUUGAUCGGCGAUUUGCUGAACAUCUCGAUGGCGAAUAUGGUAGUGAAUGGACAAGGCUUCAUAAACCCUUGGAAAUCAUCGAAAUAAAAGACAUCGAAAAUCAAUUUGAUGAAAUGAAUAAAACAUUGGAAUACAUGGACCAAUAUGGUAUCAAUAAUGUUCGAGGUGCCCAAUGGUCGAAUAUUUAUUUAACGCAAGAUCAACAGUCAGCAAUUAGAGCAGCACUAAAUCAGAAUGCAUGUUUUCGUUGUGGAGAAUGUGGUCAUUUUGCAAACAAUUGUCCUAAUGAAGAUCGACAAUCUCGUGUACCAGAAACAAUGCGAUGUUUCAAUUGUGGAGAGCCUGGUCAUUUUGCCAACGAAUGCUUCAAUCGAAGAAGAUGGCAGCGGCGACCAAUGCACUGCACUCGAUGUGGUAGAGAUACACACUAUGAAAAUGCAUGUUACGCUUCCUUCGGUAUCGAUGGUCAAGAAUUAGACUGCACUCGAUGUGGACGAGAUUCACAUACUGCAAAUGAAUGCUAUGCCAAAUCUCAUCUAGAUGGACGAAUUUUAUAUUAA